UGGGGAGCUCAAGCAACUCUGACACAUUCAUCAAUCAUUCAUAAUAUCACAUUUUCACUUGUUACUCUUCAACUGAACACCCGCAAACUGGUAGCCGAAGUUCUUUCUUUCUUUUGUUAUUAUGAAAUCCCCACCAGUCACACUCUCGUAUUAGAAGGCUUUGAUCAACUUCAGAAAUUUCUUAAUGAGCAUGGAAGAUUUGAUGCUUGUAUGAGAGUACUGGAAAACACAAUUGAUGGACAUGGUCGUUAUGAGAGUUUGGAUAGUUCGUUGAUGGAAUAUGUGUUUGCGAAUACGAUUUUGGUAAAUUCAAUAAUUGGUGUAUGUGAUGACAUUGAAAUUCGGGUACAUUUAAGAAACCAGCUACACGCAUGUGGACUAACACGUAUACUUGAUAAAAUGAAAACGUUUAAUCACGAGCUUAUUAAUUGUCAAAUAAGCAAUUUUGACGACAAAUGA